UUUCGCUCAUUUCAUUACCUGUAAUUUGUAGAAGAAGAGAGAAGCGUAGGAAUAGAGUUGAGACAUGUAUUGUUGAGAUGGUGAACAGCAGGGGUUAUUCCCACUCGAGAGCCUCUUCAACAUCUAAGUUUCUCCCCAGGAAACCAACUCUUUAUACCAUCACUGUGUAUAUAAUCCUUCUCUUUGCCUUCUCCAUUGUCAUAUUUCUAUUCUAUACGAGGGAUGUUUUGGAAGAUGAACAGAAGCCCCUGUCCUCGGAGGAUUCUCAGUUUGUGCAGAUGCAAGAUGAACUUUGGAAUGCUCCAUCCAGCCAUGGUUUACACCCUUGUGUCAAGCCUACUUCUAAAUAUAAAGCCACCCAAGGAUGGGAUCGUUAUAUGACAGUAAAAAGCAAUGGAGGACUAAAUCAGAUGCGUACUGGUAUAUCUGAUAUGGUGGCUGUGGCACGCAUAAUGAAUGCAACUCUAGUAAUUCCUCAACUGGAUAGACGCUCAUUUUGGAAAGAUUCAAGUACGUUUGCUGAUAUAUUUGAUGAACUUCAUUUCAUGACAACCUUGCAAGGGGAUGUGAGGAUUGUCAAAGAGCUCCCUAGGCAGUUGGAGUCUGUUCCUCGAGCUCGGAAGCACUUCACAUCCUGGUCUAGUAUGGGCUACUAUCAGGAGAUGACACAUUUAUGGGAGGAAUAUCAGGUGAUUCAUGUUGCAAAAUCUGAUUCUCGACUUGCAAACAAUGAUUUGCCUAUUGAUAUCCAAAGGUUGAGAUGUCGUGCUUUAUACCAUGCUCUCCGUUUCUCUCCUCAAAUAGAGAACCUGGGAAAGCUGGUGGAGCGGCUGAGAUCACGCGGUAGAAGAUACAUUGCUCUUCAUCUGAGAUAUGAGAAAGACAUGCUUUCAUUUACUGGUUGUACUUAUGGUCUCACAGAUGCCGAAUCUGAAGAGCUGAGAAUAAUGAGGGAGAACACAAACCAUUGGAAGAUGAAGAAGAUAAAUGCAACAGAACAGAGAAUAGGAGGCUUCUGUCCGCUAACUCCGAAGGAGAUUGGAAUAUUUCUUCGAGCUCUUGGUUAUCUUCCAUCGACAUUAAUUUAUAUUGCAGCUGGUGAAAUCUAUGGUGGUGAUGCUCGCCUUGUAGAGCUCAAAUCCCGCUUUCCGAAUUUAAUUUUCAAGGAAACAAUAGCAACUCAGGAAGAAUUGAAAGCAUUUGCCCAUCAUUCGUCUCAAACUGCAGCACUUGAUUACAUUAUCUCUAUAGAAAGUGAUGUGUUCAUUCCUUCACAUUCGGGUAACAUGGCAAGAGCCGUUGAGGGGCAUCGCAGAUUCUUGGGUCACGGCAAGACAAUCACCCCAGACAGGAAAGGACUUGUUGACAUUUUUGAUAAACUGGAGGCAGGACAGCUAAAAGAAGGAUCAUCAUUAUCAUAUCUAGUGACACAGAUGCACAAGAAUAGGCAAGGAGCUCCAAGGAAAAGAGGAGGUUCACUGCCAGGAGUUAAAGGCCGAGCACGGUUUAGAACUGAGGAAUCCUUCUAUGAAAAUCCAUACCCAGAGUGUAUAUGUAGUUCAAAGAAACAUUAGAUGAGAGACACAGUCAACACCACCAUGCAGUUCUUCUGGAGCAGCUCUGUGAAUCCCUUGAUCAGACCUCACUUAGCCUGAUUUGUAUUCAGUUCUGGGGUAAGCUAUAUUGAGGCUCUGAGUAGGAAUCUCAAGCAAAAUGGCAAACUCUCUGUUACUUCUUUCUUCUCUCCUUCCCCCACCUUUUUGUUAUUUAGGCUUCUAAUUUAUUUCAUUUCGAUGGGAGGGGGGUUGCAUGAUAAAAUCCUUGGGGAAAAGAAGUAUUAGUCUGUUCAUAAUUUGGGAAACCUUGAGCUAUUGAGCUGUGAAUUUCUGGAAAGCAUCCAAUUCUGUGUACACAUGCUUGAAUACACAGCUGUUUCAUUUGCUAUCAACUGAAUUUCAUGGAUAGCCCUAAACUAUUAAAGAGAAGGAAAAUGUGUUGGUGUUUGGCAGGUUGGAAUAUAUGAUGGGAAUGAAAAAGUCAUUGCAUUUCCUGCUCA